AUGGACUGUCUCGCCCGAACCUCUCUGCCCAUUCGCGCGCGACCACUCUACUGCACUUCUCUUCCCUCGACUGUGUCGUCGCGCUCCCUCUACCGCAGGUGCCACAAAAGGCGACGGGCAACCCGUCGCGUCUGCGCCACGGACUCUGCUGCCCCCACCGCGCGCAUGCGCGUCAAACACUUCUCUGCCCCCCGCUGCACCGCCCUCGCUAUGCUCCCGCCGUCGUCCGCCGUCUCAUAUGCUCCUCAUUGCUCUCCCUCCCGCGCAGGAAACCCAUCCACUGGAGGGAGGGGGGGGGGGGGGGGAGGGGGGGGGGGGGGGGGGGGGGGGGGGGGGGGGGGGGAGGGGAGGGGGGGGGGGGGGCGCGAGGGGAUGGGAGGGACGUUUGGGGGGGGGGGAUAA